AUGCUUUUCUUCUCUUUCUUUAAGACGCUAGUCGGGAAAGAAGUGGUUGUGGAAUUGAAGAAUGACGUUUGUCUUCAUGGAACUCUUCAUUCAGUCGAUCAAUAUCUCAAUAUGACUCUUCAUGACACUCAAGUCACAGAUCCUGAUCGAUUUCCGCAUUUGAUCGCUGUGAAGAAUGCUUUCAUUCGAGGAUCUGUUGUUAGAUAUGUUCAAUUACCCGAAGAUCAAGUGGACACAGAGCUGUUGGCUGAUGCAAGAAUGGAUGACGUGAUACCGGUGAGAAAUGAUGAAGAAGUGGAGAACAGGAGAAGGCUAAGGAGACAACUCGAGGAACGGGACAUCAAUUUCCUUCACAAACUCUCUUAUUCAAUGGGCCAUUUCUACAAUGAUCUCUGCGCAUCGAUGUGGUUUACGUAUUUGAUGAUUUACAUGGAGAAAGUGAUUCAACUUGAGAGCGGCAAGGCCGGGAUGCUGAUGUUGAUUGGACAGGCGACUGAUGCAAUUUGUACCCCAUUGGUUGGCUUGGGAAGCGACCACGCUUUUCUCCCAGCUUGGAUUCGAAAGAUCGGUCGACGCAUGAGCUGGCACGUCAUUGGCGCAAUCUCAGUGACAAUCUCUUUCCCAUUCAUCUACAAUCAGUGCUUUCCAUGCACUGCAGCGAUGACUGAAUGGGUGACCGUCCUCUGGUACAUUCCGUUCAUCAUGGUGUUUCAAUUUGGAUGGGCUAGUGUUCAGAUCUCACACUUGGCAAUGAUUCCCGAUUUGUCGACAAGAGAUGAAAGUCGAUCAACGAUGAAUUCGAUGCGAUACGCCUGGACUGUACUGGCAAACAUUUCUGUGUUUGGGAUUCUAGCUUUUUUACUUCGAAAUGAUGUAAAAGGAGAUUCAAUUGGACCCCAAGAUUUAAAAGUGUUCAUGACGGCGGGAUUGAUCGUUGUUGGUGCUGGGCUUGUUUCACUUGUUCCAUUCUAUGCGCUUACACGAGAACAUGAAUCUACUGGACGAUCAAGGAGGGCAAGCGUUACUUCAGAUGCUAGUGAACUCGUGCGGAUGCAUUGGACUAGCUGGUUUGGACAUAUUCAAUUCUAUCAGAUUGCUUUCUUGUACAUGCUCGUUCGUCUAAUCAUCAACAUCUCUCAAGUCUAUUUCCCCUUCUAUGUUACAAUCACACAGGGCAGAGACAAGAGUUAUGUAGCCAUUCUCCCAAUGGUUUCCUACAUAUCCUCCUUCUUUAUGUCCACAAUCUACUCGAUUCCAUUCAUAAAUCGACUCGUCAACAAGAAGAUCCUAUUUCUUUCCGGGAUUCUCGUGGGUAUCGGCAAUUGCAUUUGGAUGCGAUUCGAUUUGCCUGGAUGGGAGAUUUAUGGGGUAGCAACACUUCUCGGUUUCACUCAAUCGAUUCUCAUUGUCACUUCAUUGGCCAUCACUGCUGACUUGAUCAACAAAAACACGGAAUCGGGUGCCUUUGUCUAUGGCGCAAUGUCUUUUGUGGACAAACUCGCCAAUGGAAUCGCCUAUCAAAUCAUCGAGCUUAUCAACCCAAGCUGCAACUCAAAAGACAACUUGACCAAAUGCGCAAACUUCUACCGAAACGUGGAAUCUUUUGUGCCGGGUGGUUGUCUAAUCCUGGCACUCAUCGUUCUCAUCUCGUUGCUUCCACAAAGUAUUGGUGAGAGGAGACGAGCGAGAGAAGAGGAUCGUCAGCCGAUCAUUUCCGACAACGAUGACAACGAACAAUCUGACAGAAUACUGGUCUAUGAU